CUAAGAAAUUAUAAUUAUUUUCCAAAAUGAAAGCAGUCGAUAACUUCUACCUCUGAAACAUAAUCGGAGGAGGUGCCUAUGGAACAGUCUACCUUUGCAAAAUCAAAAAAGAAGAGAACAUUGAGCCGGAAUGUCGCCAAAGAAUGAGAAAGGGCCGGAGGGUGGCCUGCAAAAUGAUCAAACAGAAGAAGAUCAAAGAGAAGAUCAAAAAGUACCUCGUGCAAGAGAUUGAAAUUAUGAUGAAGAUUAAGCAUGAAAAUAUACUCAGGUUCCUCGAAGCCAAGAAAACCAGUAAUAAUAUAUACAUUUUCGUUGAGUUUUGUAAUGGCGGAGACCUCAGAAGGCUACUUGAGCUCAAAGGAGGCAGACUCGAAGAGAGUUUAGUCAAGAAAAUUGUCAAACAAAUUGCUGCUGGUCUCAACUAUCUCAAUGAGAAUAAUGCUAUGCAUAGGGACCUUAAGUUGGAUAACAUUUUGAUCAAUUUCCCAGACUGUAAGUCAGGCAGAGUCGUCUCUGACGAAUACAUUGAAAAUUUCGACCAUGAAAAAGAAGAAAUUGAAGUGAUCAUUGGUGAUUUAGGUUUUGCUAAAUCAAUGGCCAAUACAGACAUGGCAAUGUCUUAUUGAGGUACUCCUCUCAACAUGGCCCCUGAAAUAAUGAAUGGAACCUUAUAUAAUUCCAAAGUUGAUAUUUGGUCGCUUGGAACAAUGAUCUACGAGCUCCUUGUGGGAUUUGCUCCAUUUACAGGAUGUGAUCCUAAUGAUCUCGCAGAGAGAGUCAAUAAAGGAGACUAUGGAGUUCCUAAAAACAUCAAACUUUCUCUCUGAUGCGUUGACUUACUCAACAAAUGUUUGCAGCAUAGGCCAGAAAAGAGGAUAGAUCACAGUGAUGUCCUCGAUCAUCCAUUCCUAAUGGAAGAUGAAGAGUCAGAACAAAUAGAUCUUGCUGUAAGCAGAGGACCCGGACAAGCCUCCUUCUUUGAUGCUCCUUCCAGUGGAUUUGAUGUCUCUGAUCAAAAUGCAAUAAUGUUUAACGCUAAAGAAAGCGUAUUAUUCAACCAACAUUAUUCAAAUACAAUGAAGAAAUUUAAGCAAAAGCAGGACAAUGGAGAAAAUGUAUUGCCUCCAGAGCCAGAAAUCCCUGAUGAAGUUUCUGAAAACAACCUCCAAGAUGCUAAUGAAGUUGAAGAUGAGUUUGUUGUCAUGAACGACUCUGAAGAAGAGUCAAAAUCACCAACAAAUAUAAGUUCUAAAGAUACCAUAAGUUCAAAUAGUACUCUCAAUAAAAAUAAAGUCAAUAUUGAAGAGAACAAAGAGCCAAAUUCUAAUGAAAUCCCGACCUUUACUAACAAAGAAACUCAAGAAGAUACCAAUAUUAAUCCACCCGAAGAAGAGCAAAAUCAGAAUGAAGAGAGUCCACAAGAAGAAUCUCAACCCGAAACACCAACUGAGAAGCAAUCUCAAUCCAGCGAGCCUUUGUUACAGCAAGAUCCUCCAGAAGAAGCAAAUAAUGCUGACCAGUCACCUAAAAAUAGUCCAAAAUUCGACAGGAACAACAACCAGAGCCAAUUAGAAUCUGAUAAAAUUGAUGAAGAGCUCGAAUCAAAUAACAAACUAUCUCCAGAAGAAUUAGAGACCCAGAGGAAAACCCGAGAGAUGCUUGAAAAGUUGAAUAAGAUUGAAGAAGUUCAGGAGGUUAUUAUACCCCAUAACCCCAGUGAUGCUAAGAUCGAAGAUGGAAAAGAACCAGAAAACCCUGAAGGCGAAUUUAAUGAUAUUGACAGUAAUGAUGAAGAUAAUCCAGAUCCUACAAGAAUUGACUACACUAUUGUUGAUAAACCCAAAAACCUUACUCUUUCCAAGGCAACCAAGCAUCAAUUCAACCAGAUUUCUGACAAAAAGCUAAAUGAAGAACCUGUUCAAGAGGAUAAAAGUUCAGAAGACCAGUUAAACGGUAGUUUUGAAAUAGUUCACUCGCAUGAAAUCCUGAUGAUGCCGACUAAAGAAUACUAUACGACAAUUGGAUGCCAUCCUAAGAGAUCUGACUAA